AGUCCUGGCAACAUAUAGACAGGGGAAAUGUCUCUUAAAAGAUUGUUUUUGGGAGAAUUGAUCAAUGAAGACAUCCAGACCUGGAAUUCUCUAUAUCGGCGAGAAGUAAACAUCAGAACGUAUGAUAAUUCCAUAUCAAUCAGUGAAUCAAACAGAAAAUUAUGGGAUCAAGAUUACUUUACUUUGACAUUUCCCAAACCACUCCAGCCAGGUAGAAAAAAGAGAUCAAGACCUUCAGAAUUACAAAUCUCAGUUCCUAGUCAUGACAAAAGAAAAUUAAACGAAGUUGAGAAGCCAGCUCAUAUAGGGAUAAAGCAUUCUUUUAACAAAAAUUCCAAAAGGCCAUCUGUUUACUUAAAGGUCGGGAGACAGGCUCCAUUCAGAAAUCCUUAUACUCCUAAAACCAAUCCUGAAAAUGGAGAAUCUAAAAAGUCUAACGAUGACAAAAAAGGAAGAACUUUGCAGAGAAAUUCCAAGAAAAACAAAGACCGACAUGAAACAACUCCAGAAUCCAAAACAGUAAAUGAUGAGGAACCUGAAAGAGGAAAUAAAGCAGAUAAAGGCCCAUCAAAAUUAUCACAUAAAAGUGAACUAUCUGAAGAUUCAAAGUCGAAAUUGGAAACGAAUCCAGAAUCCAGAGAUUUUAAGACAGUCUCAACGGAUCCAAAAAAAGAUAAGAUCCAAUCAAAGAAUUCCAACGAGACAGAUAAUGAAUACCUAUGUGCAAAGAAGCAUUCUAAGGGCUCAAAGAACACUUCUGAUGUCAUAUCACAGACUUGUUUAAAAAAUAGUUCAAAUAUGGAUUUCAUAUUGUAUUUAAAGGAGUCUGGUGCUGAAUCCAUGAAGUUGGAUAUGUGGUUAAAGAAUUACUCUCAGAAUAAUUCAAAGAAGUCUUCAAAGAAGGACACAAAAAAAGAUGCAAAGAAGAGCUCUGAUGCUGAAUCUGUAGAUUCAAAAGAUGCAAAGAAAAAUGCAAAGAAAGAUAAGAAAAGUACAGAAAAAGAUGGCAAGAAGAAAGAUGCAAAGAAAGACACUGAAUCUACUGAUGCAGAAUCUGUAGACUCAAAGCAUGCAAAGAAAGCUUCAAAGAAGGCUAAAAAAGAUUCAAAGAAAAAUGACAAGAAAAAGGAUGCAAAAAGAGACACAGAGUCUACUGAUGUAGAAUCUUUAGAAACAAAGGAUGCAAAGAAAGAUUCAAAGAAGGCUAAGAAAGAUUCAAAGAAAGAUGACAAGAAAAAAGAUAGAAAGAGAGAUGCAGUGUAUACUGAUGCUGAGUCUGAGUCUGAACUGGAGACAAAAAAAUGGAAGAAAGAUGAAAAGCAGGUUAAGAAAGAGGCAAAAGAAAAUGACAAGAAAAAGGCCAACAAGAAGGAUACAGUGUCUACUGAUGCUGAUUCUGAAUCUGAAUGGGAUUCAAAAAAGGGUAAAAAAGAUAAAAAAAAAGAUAAGAGAAAUUCAAAGAAAGGUGAUAGAAUUAAGUCUGCAAUGAAGUCUGAAGAGUCUACUGAAACUGAAUCUGAUUGGGAGUCAAAGAAGGAUAAGUAUGAUUCAAAGAAGGCUAACAAAGUUUCAAAGAAAGAUGCCAAGAAACAGGAUGCAAGGAAGGGUAUAGACUCUAAUAAUGCAGAAUCUGAUGAAUCUUCCAAGAAAGACUCAAAGAAGCAAUUCAAAAGUUCAGAUGCUGAAUCUGAAGACUCACUAUAUAAACUUGAGGCUAAAAAUAAAGGAGUUGAUGAAUCAGAUGCCACAUCUACAGAUUCAAAGAAGGAAGCACUGGAACUAAAGAGAGAAAUAAAAAUUUCAUCCAAAAAGACUACAUUCAAAGAAAAAGGAAAAAAUGUAGGGAUAGGCAGAGUGCCCCCAUCAAGAGAAAGACCACCACUACCUCCUUGUGAGCCUUUACUACCAUCACCCAAGGUCAAACGUCUCUGUCAAUGCAACAUGCCUCCUCCACCUCUAAAACCAAGAUAUGCUCCUUUGCCUGAAGCGAAGUGGAUUCAUAAGCUGCUUUAAAAAACAACUGAGCACUUGGUUUCACAGAAUGGCCUUACCACAGCGAACACUGGCUAAUCCGAAAUGAGCAUUUCUACUUCUGUGGAACUGUAAUAAAUAAAAACAAGUCUUCCAUGAGUCCCAGGAA